GGAGAAGAGUUCAUCUCAGAAAAACAACGGAAACGAGAGAAAAUUCAGAAGCUUUCCCCUUCAGAUCAGCAGUCUUGUCUCUAUAAAGGUAAGAGUUAUUUAUAAAUUAAUGAUUGUGUUCCUUUUACACGACUUUUAAGCGAAUUGUUCCUUUGAAAUAUGUGCAGUCGCUGUUGGGUCCUGAUGGAAUUUGUUCAGGCGGAAGUUCGAAGUUCGGCAUAAUUUUUAGGCUCAUCCUCGCUGUAAGAACCUGUUAAACUCACCGGUGACGUACAACAAAGAAAACAAAGAAGUCAACACAAUAAAACCUUGAAAAACAAAAGGUACAAAACAAAGAAAAAGUUCACACGUUCUUACAACGAGGUAAACCCAGUUUUUAUGACCAAGGGUUAGUAAUACUGCUGCAAAUAUAGACAUAUCUCAUCAUAAGUUAACUAGUAUGCGGUUUGUUUUUGAGAUUUUGGAUCAUAAAACAAUGCUGGUCUGACUAGCACGCUUCUCUGCAGGAAUCUUGCAAAAUUAAUUCCACUUUCAUUGGUUCAAGUCUGAUAUGAACUGGAUUUCUGUUCAAUUUCAUCAAAUUUUAAUGCGUAGAUUGCAAGAUAAUGUUGUAUAUGAAACAGGUCAAAAUAGAAUUUAGGUUAAAUUUUUUUUAACUCGCAGGUUAAUUUUCAAUUUCCUUUGUUUAUUUUCCAAGCCCUAAUUAUUCAUGAAUUAGGGCUUGGAGACAAAGGAAAUUGAGGAUCAACCAAGGAUAAAAAAUUCUAACCUAAAUGUAAUACAUUGCUCAUGAAUUAGGCAACAAAACAAGCUUUCUCAAAUUGUUUACUAAAUGUAUACAUGCUGAAAGCAAUAAUUUAAUGUGCAGUGCUGAGGUCACGUCAUAUGUCAAAAGGCAGUAAAAACAUAAAUUUCUUUUCAGUUUGUCCUGAUUCACCAUCUUUCUUUAAAUGUUUAUUGGCUGCAUUAUUGUACUACCCUGUAAAAGACAUCAAAAGUCAACAUUAGUUCAUAAAUCUGAUUUGUUUUGGUUUGCAUACCAGAAUUACUACCGAAACAGGUAGACUGUUUUUUCGCAGACGUAUGUAACAGUUGCCAUUAGCGACAAAGGUGAUCGUUUUUAGUCACUUGUCUAAAGAGAUGUUAUCUCCAAAGGCAAACGCACGUGAUAACAAUUUCCUUCACAUGGGACACUAAACUUGAGUUAGCCAUAUUGGUUUUUUGGUUAAUCUUGAAUCUAGAAACUUCUUAAAGGUGUAUCAUCACUGUGUGAAAUAACCUCCUAGGACUGGAACUGUGCUGUGAGACAUGUGUCCAGUGCUCUGACUGAAAUUCAAGUUUUCUCCUCUCCCAGCCAUGCGUGACACUCUCAAGUUAGUGAAAAAGCAGAGUGAUGUGUAAAAAUUUAAUGGAUUACUAAAGAAACAAUUCCGAAAUUUCAUAGUGGUAAAAUUCCUUCUUCUUGCUUAUCCUUUCGCUCUUUUCUCCAAAAUGACUAUGAAGAAAUUUUUCUUAAACCGACCAAUCCAGAUGAAUUGCAGGACAUCUGCGACAAUUUCAAGGAAGAUAAAGCUCCUGGGUAUGAUAAUAUCACUAUGCGGUCAUCAAAAAGUCUGUUGUGUCAAUCAUAAUAAUAUUAUUGAUCUUUUGUUAGCAAAAGGUAUUUUUCCUGAUAAACUUAAAGUGGCAAAGCUCAUUCCUGUCUAAUUACAAUACUGGGGAGCCUGAUAUCGAUCUUUAAUUAUAGACCUAUUUUACUAUUACCAGUUUUUUCCAAAUAUUUCUGAAAGGUUUAAUGGAUGAGUAUCUUCCCAAGUAGAACGUCACGGGAUAUUGUAAAUUCCAGUUUGGAUUUAGUGAUAAGCAUUCAACAUCAUUGUCAUUGAUUUACCUUUGAUGUUAGUGCCAAUUAAGGUAGUGCCAGUGUUUUCCCUAGAUCUGUCAAAAGUGUUGGAUACUUUGGAUCAUGAUAUUCUAUUUUCUAAGUUGGAAUAUUAUGGCUUUCAAGGCUUAGCCCUUUAAAUUAAUAGAUUAGGAGCUACUUUUCAAAACGUGAGCAGUUUAUCCAGGUUAAAGAAAUGUGCUCCUAGACUCAACAAAUUAAAUGUGGUGUUCCACAAGGUUCAGAACGGAAGCAGAUGACACUAGUAUUUAUGUUUUGAAUUCAGAUGUAAACCAGGUAUAGAUAGUUAUGAAUUAUAGAGCUUGAUAGUAUGCUCAUGGAUGAAGGCAAAUAAAUUAUCAGUCAAUGUUAAGAAGAACAAUAACACACAUAAAUUUUAUCUGUGGCAAAUUAGCAAAAUCUGUCAGAAUAAUUCAAAGGUCAUGCUAAUCUUUUGUCUAACCAGCACUAAAUUCAGGGCUGUCAACCACCCUGUGACAUCUUGAAAGGGAUGAUAGAUUACGUCUUAAUGCAUCGCACAUGACGUCAUUUGUUAAAAAAAAAAUGCGCAAAAAAGAUGUUGUUGGAAUUGUAACAUUUGACCCACCAAUCACAUUAUUGCUUAUAUUACAAUGGCAUACCAGAGUUUGUGAGGAAACGGUUCGAUGUUAACAGUACGAUAGCUCUGAAACAACCCAAAAUAUCUGAAAUUUCAUUGUCAGAAAGUUUAAUCUACUAGAAAUGGCAAACUUGGCGAUUAAUAAUUAAUCGCCAAGUUUGCCAUUUAUCCGGGAGAUUUCAGACUCCAAUCUGGAGACUCAGAGAAAUGGUUCAAAAUCUGGACUCUCCCAGAUUAUCCGUGAGAGUAGACAGCCCUGUAAAUUAUCCCUUUAUUAUACCCGUAUAUAUCCUUACCUAAGCUAUUGUAAUAUUGUCUGGUCAUCCACAUACAAUACCCACUUGAACAGAAUUUUUAUGUUACAAAAAAGUGCUAUCCAUUCUUUAUCUAAUCAAAAUAUCAUGCUCACACUGCUCCAUUACAACCCUCCAAGUUGCGACCAUUUUAGUUGCCAUGGCGCCUAAAAUUUUGGAACUGGCGACUUGAUUUGGAGAAUAGUCGCCAAGCUGGCGACCGUGAGGAAUAGGUUUGUGUUGUGGCGUAUAGAAACAGAAAUGGUAAUCACUUCUACUGAAAUAUGAAGAACAUUUAUUCUAGCUGAUUUGAAUUCCAUUACUUUUUUACUUUUCCGUUGAAAAACAUGCUAAAUUGAAAACUUAAAAAAGUCUUGGAGCUAAGCGUUUUGAAAAUGAACAUCAAUGAAACUUGACUUGCAUUUGUUCGCCUAAUAGCCUUCAGUCUGUUGCCUUGCACGUGACAUUUUAACUUUUGACACGUGACAAAUGGCACACAAUCGAAGCGCCUUGCUUGUCGACAGUGACGAUUUCUUCUAUCUUAGGAAUGCUUGUCUAGCCAAGUUCGGUGGUUUUUUAACUGGACUACAUAUUAUAAAUAUUUUUGAAUCAAUACUGAAAAAAUCUAAUAACAUGAAGAGGGAAAGCUAAAUUGGUGCAAAUUCAACACAGAACAUUAUGUGAUAACCGUAACGUGUGAACCGUGCUUAUGAAGUUGAAUCGCGGUUUUGUAAAACAAAAGCGAUAAUUGUAAGCGAAACUAAACAUCGCAAAAAACUGACAGCUUAUGGUUGUUGCAAAAAAUGUUUUUUAAACACCUGUAGCGAUGAUAAAGGAAAGAGAAAAUUUAUUAUUUCGUGUUUACAUUUUGUUUGGGUUCCUUUCAAUUGAUUGGGAAAAAAAAUUUUUCCCAGUACAACUCGUUGCAAAAUUUUCACGUGUGCGGUGUUAUCUCUGUAAAGCAAUGAUUUGAUUUAGAAAACUUGUCAAUCUUCCUAUACUCUCCUGCCUUUGUCAGGCUUUCACAAUAUCUAGCGAUAUUAAAAACGACCUUUUAAAUCUCCAAAAAUAUUUGUUAGUUGGGGAAACAAUUAGUUCAUCAUCAACAAAAGUCGCAAAAGAAAUGCAAAACAAAUAUCAGAAAAAAAAUAGGUCGCCUAUCAAGUUGCGACUGGGAAAUUUUGAAAACAUUAACAGAGGAUGAGUUAAGUUCUGCUCUCAUAUACCAACUGGGGAUUAUGUAGAAGGAAUUAAUGAAGGCCCUAAAGACAAAUGGAAAUGGUAAUUGUCUUUACAAUUCCGUUUCAGUAUUGAUUCAAGGAGAUGAAUCUGCAACACUUAUUCUCAGACUAUCAGUAACUAUAAAUGCCUUGCACAAACGAGUAAUUUAUAUGACAGUGCUGCAUUUUAAGUUAAACUUGCUAAAUGCUUUUGUUAAUGACUAUUUUGAUAUAUUAAGUCAUUAAUAUAAUUUGGCACCUAAAAAUUUCCCCUGGCAGAGCUGAUCGCCAAAUGGCCACUGAACAAAAAUUUUAACUUUGAGGGUUGUGAAGAUGACUACCGCACAGGUUGUCGAAACGUUGGUCACUGUCAACAACAUCAGUCCUAUGCAGGACUACGUUCACCCAGAUAAUCAAACUCAACCCACUUUUGAAAUGACUCCUAUAGGUUCAAACCCUUUCACAAAUCUUAAACAGUUUUCUGUUUUAUACUUGGGUCCAAAAAUUUGGAAUUCCCUUCAAUUAUCUGUACGUAUCUAUCUCAAGCUCUACCACAAAUUUCUAAUUUUAAAUUAUUUAUAGCUUCUUGAGGACUUUAUUUCAGUCAAUGACCAAAUCAUGGGCGGAUGAUCCUCUUUAAGUACAAGCAGCUUUGGCUUUUUGAGAUUUUCUCACCACUCACUCUUUUGACCUAAUUUUUUUUAUUAUCUUUUUUAUGAAAGUGUUCUUUUUCAAGUCAAACUGUAUUGUUAUUCAAGAUCAAGAUAUGUAUUGUAUUUAUGGUACUCUUAAUUUUAUCUCAAAUUGAAUGUAAUGCUGUAAGAAGUGGUGGUGUAAAUAAAUAAACUAAAUAUGAGUUUGAAACCGAGAGCAAAGUACGUGAAAGAGAUGUUCAUUUGUUUAUUCAUUUGUUUGUUUGUCUUAUUAUUUUUUACACUAUAAGGAGUUCCUUAAAUGUAUUCCUUGAGGACUAUAGCAGACACUAAGCUAAAAUAUUUGUGCAUAAUCUGUUGUGAAAUUGACUUAAGGAAUAUAUAGAAAUCGUUUUCCAUGUUUGCAUUGUCCUGCUAGCAGAUCGGUCUCUCACUUUGUCUCGUCAUGAGAGAUGUCUGCUGAAACAGGGAAUAUUAUUGCAUUAUAUAAACACAAGAGGGUUGAGAGAAUUUGAGACAGUUAUGUAAACCCCACGAGUGUUAAUUUAUAUCACUUGCUAUGCAAAUACAGGAAAAAAAAUUGCUAUUGCUUUUAUAAAUAACCUUCAUGAGAAAAAACGCAAAACGUACUCUUUGUUAUGGCACUGACUAAAAGAGAAAUUCUUUCCAGUCAGCAGUCACGAAGUCUUGUACACAAAGUCCUUGAGUAGCUAUUUUGGGUUGAAAUUGGUGAAAAAUGGAUUGAAAUGAAGGAAGCAUGGAUGUAAAAUCUUGAAAUUUUCUCAUCUGCACUUUCCUUGUGCUUAACUAAGUUGCAAAAAACUUGCAAAUAAUGAUGUAUACAGUUUUUUCAAGAAAGGUUGUCGCCAUAAAUGUGCAUGCAACAAUCUGAAAGGUAAUAUGGGAUAUGAUCAACACACUGUUCCUAACGACUGUAGCUGUCAAACAUACUUUUGUUGCUUUCCUUUAGCACUCGCAAACAUAUAUCCAUGGCCUCCCGUGCCAUUCUUUCAAAUUUCUUUGAAGAACGUGCACUCAAAACCACCCACAAUACCUUUCGGGAUUGUCGCAUGCACUUUUUCCGACAACCUUUAUCGAAAUAGCUGUUUAUAUUACAGUCAAACCAGGUCAAGCGUACCCCCCAAGAAUUCAUUAAUGAAUUUAUUAUUCAAAAGUUGAAUCCGUUGCUAGUUGUAGAUUUCAGAUUGAUCUCUGCAUUCUUGCAUGUGUAAUGAGCCGUGAAUUCACACGCGAGGCAGUUAUGAAAUUUCUACCAGUUCCAUUUUCCUAAAAUUGAUGUAAAUGUCUUCUAAGAAGUUAACAAUGCAUUCAAAGAUUUCCAAUCUGACCAAAUACAGAGAAGUUCUCAUAAAAUAUUCACUGCUCAUUAUCCAUGCAGAAAUGGCGCUUUGAAUUUGACACCAGUUUGAGAGAUCAACAACAUCUUAAUACAUACCCAGCAAUUUACAGAUUUUUCACAAAAUAGAAAUUAAUAUAAUAAAUAGAGUACAGGCUUCCCAUAAUAACAGAGAGGACUAAAAGGAUAGGGCAGCCAUUAUAACGUAGGUGAUUACAUUAAUAUUCUCACUGGGGGCCAUCAUACACAAACACUCCCUGUGCCCAUGGGACCUGUGCAUUUAAAUUCCGGCGCAUCUGUGGAUCCACGGGGGAACUCAUUGUACAUAUAUUUGUGAGUUUAGUAUAAAUUGGCCUGUUUCAUGCUGUUUAUUCCUCUCUUCGUUAAAACGGACACCUGCAGAACCCUAGUCUGUCACCCCACCCACCUCUCCGCAGCAAUGGCACACUCUGGCGCCUUAGCUCAUGCUCCUUGCCGCCUCCCGGCUCGCCUCUUACCAUAACUAAUCCUAACCUUGUGCCGGUUGAGAGUGGGGGCUCCCAGGCGAGUGAGAAUUUAUUACGAUUAUUGAUCAAGACAGGUAACACGUUUGCAUAUACAGCUGUACACCUGCACAAAACACAAAAUAAAAAUUGAAAGGAAAGACAGCAAAAGGAAUAAAACAAAAGAAUUAAAGCUUAAAAUGCGUUCCAGUUAGUAGUUACCAACAGAAAGCCACAUAAAUUAUGUUGUUCAUAAAAUCUGCAAAAUUAAGAAUAUUUUUCUUUAAAAGCAUUGCCGUUAGCUUUGUCUUAAAAGCUUUUUAGAGGGAGGACUGGAAUCCAGCAUACACUUAGUCUUAAUCUAAAAUAUUUGUGCAUUUCUGCUGUUAUCAGUUAAAUUGACUUGGUAAAGGUAUUUUCAAACGCUUACUCUGUUCUAUUGGGAUAAUCAAUGAUUUUCGUAAACCCAGUUCUCUGGAAAGAUUUCAGAAGUUCACAUCAAUUUAGUACUUAUUGUGUGAGGUUGAUUGUUUGCAUUAAUUGUCGCCUUGUUUCCCAUGACAACAUGCUUGGGGUACUUUUGCACAUUUUUUAUGAGCUGAUCAACAUGACAAAAUGAAGGUUAGCUUACCCUGGAAAUGUAGCUUGAGUAAUCAGUGUAAUACAGUAAGAUGUUAUGCAAGAGUGUUUUGAAAACUUACAACAAUAGCACCAGGUUUCUUCUCUUUCCUUUUUUUUUACUGUAAAAUUCACCAACACGAUUUUUAAAACAAUAACUGAUAAUAAUGUUUAGUUUACUAACUACACGUUUUUUUUUUAUCAUUUUAGUUAUGUAAUAAAAAGGACAAGUCUGCUCUAAUAGUCUUAAACAUGAAGGAUUAUUCCAGUACUAAAUUGAAAGCUAAAUACCUAAAAUACUUUUUUGGAGUAGCAAUUUUGGAUCUGGCUGGACAGGGACUAUCCAGGGUACCUGAUGCAGUCAUUGAACUGAGUGAACUGCAGGAACUUAGACUUGAGAAAAAUAAACUGACUAAGUUACCAACAAGUAUUAACCAGCUGAACAGGCUUAGAUGGCUGUACUUGGAUGGAAACAAUCUUACUGAAUUACCUGCUGAGAUUGGUGACCUAAAGGGGCUAUGGCUGCUGAGUGUGAGUAACAACCAGUUGGUUGGUUUACCUACCAGUAUUCAAAAGCUGAACAGGCUUGAAAUGCUGCACUUGGAUGGAAACAGUCUUACUGAAUUACCUGCUGAGAUUGGUGGCCUAAAGGGGCUGAGGUGGCUUUGUGUGAGAAACAACCAGUUGGUUGGUUUACCUACCAGUAUUCAAAAGCUGAACAGGCUUCAAUUGCUGAACUUGGAUGGAAACAAUCUUACUGAAUUACCUGCUGAGAUUGGUGACCUAAAGGAACUGAGGGAGCUGAAUGUGAGUAACAACCAGUUGGUUGGUUUACCUACCAGUAUUCAAAAGCUGAACAGGCUUAAAAAGCUGUAUUUGGAUGGAAACAAUCUUACUGAAUUACCUGCUGGGAUUGGUGACCUAAAGGAGCUGAUGGUGCUGAAAGUGAGUAACAACCAGUUGGUUGGUUUACCUACCAGUAUUCAAAAGCUGAACAGGCUUGAAUUGCUAUACUUGGAUGGAAACAAUCUUACUGAAUUACCUGCUGGGAUUGGUGACCUAAAGGAGCUGAGGAAGCUGUAUGUGAGUAACAACCAGUUGGUUGGUUUACCUACCAGUAUUCAAAAGCUGAACAGGCUUGAAAUGCUGAACUUGGAUGGAAACAAUCUUACUGAAUUACCUGCUGAGAUUGGUGACCUAAAGGAGCUGAUGAUCUUAAGUGUGACUAACAACCAGUUGGUUGGUUUACCUACCAGUAUUCAAAAGCUGAACAGGCUUCAAUUGCUGAACUUGGAUGGAAACAAUCUUACUGAAUUACCUACUGGGAUUGGUGACCUAAAGAAGCUGUGGCAGCUGUGUGUGAGUGGUAACCCUUUAACUGUUGAUGCUAUAAAGUUUGCUCUAAAGUUUGCUCUAAAGUUGGAGAAAAGAGGACUGUACACUGAUAUUGCAGGUGAGGACAAAUAAAGGCUAAGUUAAAUUGAACCCUUAUUACAGUAAUAACAAAUGAACUGCUAAAAAUCUUCGUGACAAACAUAAAUCGAGAUUGUAACAUCUAAAUAACGACAGGAGACCCAAGGAACCACAGGAGACCCAACGUGGGGUGUGUGCUGCUCGACUUAGUGCUCGCAGCAAUUGUAGCGAUCACAGACAGUACACGCGUUGUCCAAUUUAGUUAGAUGUAGUAUGGAGUUUCAACUCAAACAAGUAUUUUCCCUAAGGAAAAAGACCACAGAAUCUUUUUUUGUUUUUUGAAAACUUUACUUUGACCACAAGAAGUGAUAUUUUAUUUUAUUCACGCGGCAUUUUGACUGACUGCUGUGAUCUAAGACCGAAAACAAGGAAUAUCAGUAAGUUCGCACCCUAGUGAAUUAGGCCCAUACAAGUUCGCCCCCUACUUUCUGAGUUCACCACGCAUUGGUAUACUCCAAAUUCGAGUUAAAUCACCCACUUACAGCAGACAUUUAUUUCAAUCAUACCGGUGAAUUGGAUUGGAUUAUUGGAGAGAAGGUAAUGGUAGGUCGGUGGCAAUUGGUGUCUCGAACUCUAAGACCUAAGAGACCUUGAAAAAAACCUGUAUGAAAACAGAAUCUCCUUACAAGUUGCUUAAUCAAAGAGUAAAGUAAAAUACCGGUAGAGUCAAACUCACUGGCUUGAAAAAACAUGUUAAGUGGCACGGGACAAGGAACAAUUAUUGAGUCGCCGUCAUGACAUGAAUGAAAAUUCAAUGAAACAUUUACAACUGCAAGUUGCUGCCAAGUUGAGAUUGAUUUGUUGAAAGCUAACGAAUAUAUAGCUUCGCAAAGUCGCUAAAUUUUACAGACGUAAAACACUUUGUCUCACUAACUGUUCGUUUCCUUUAAUUUCCUUCAAUUUUGAAACUUCGAUCUUGAAUAAAGUAGUUUUCCAGGUCUGAUAGUUCUGUGAUUUUCAUGAAAAGGCCCUUUGAGAGAAUUCACCUUUCACCGUAACGAAGAAACAAUCAACUUAAUUCCUGCUGACAAAAAUAAACGUACGCCUGCAAUCAAUUGAAAGCUAGUAACUUUCAUACGUACACUAUUCUCUAAUUAUAUUUAUUUCUACAAUUUUUGCAUAUACGUACCUUUUUUGUAAUUAAUUUUAAAGUGCCUAUGUAAUUAAAGUAAUUUGUUUUAUUUUUAAUAUUUUAUAAGUUAUUUGUUUUUAUCGUGCAUUUGAUUAUAUGUAAUCUACAUAGAAACAUUGAUGUACACUAAAAUAUUGACUUUCAGAUAGGUUGCAGGUACCCACAUUAGCUACAAAAGGGUGACAUUUCACAUUGGCGCCGGUGAUGUAGAUCGUCGGACGGUACGACUGGUAGACGUACCAUCACGUGACUACCAAAAUUUCUCCGUUAUAAUUCUCUGCAUGUAGCAGCUCUCCUAACCCUAAAUGCUAAUUGGUUCGGUACCCUAACUGUGAAAUAAUGGGAAUUAAUGAUAAACAAUGAUGUGGUUUUGUUUUCUGCGACCAAUGAGGAAACACCUCACGAACAACUCCUACAUUUACUCACUGUUAAUAGUUUUAAUAUUGAAAAUCAGACAAUUAAGAAGAAAAAAGCAAGCACUAAAAAUCUUGAGACAAAAGUAUUUGUUCUCAUUGAAAACUAAAACAUUCAGACCAAAAGAUAACUGGCAGUUAAUAAUAAAUUUUUUUGAAAACCUUCUAUGGUAAGAUUUCUGUAAUUAAGUUCUUGAUUGUUAGCAUUAAUCUGAGUAGCAGCUGCUAGUAGUCGGUAAACACUGAAUCAUUUUAACAACAUUACUGUGGGUAAAAAGACCAUCAAGACUAAACUAGUACAUUGCAGUGCGGACAAUCAAACUGGACAGUUGGUAGAAUAUUGUCCAAUCACAACUUUUUCUCAAAAUAAAAUAUUCUCAAGUGUUUUUGUAGACAGACUAAUAAAACUCAAGUAUUCAACUAUGCAACCGUUGAAAUUUUUAAAACCGUUUAAACUUACCUGACCUAUCAGGAAACAGCCCUCAAAUUGAUGGAUGUUGUUGCACGGCCCGUGUGCAAAAAAAAAAAAAACCUUGAGAAUCUUGUUUCAGAAAACGUUAUGAUUGUACAAUCUUCUUCCUAGUGUCCCGGUUUGAGUGUCCGCUCUGUAAGUUUGAACAAAGCAUGCAGAUUUGCAGUUGUAUUUGCUCAUAAAGGGAUAAGUGAGUUGUGAAACUGUGCCUCCAUGAUCUGCAGGUUACUGGUUGGUUCUAAUAAACAAAGACUGACGUGACAAAUAAAACAACACAUUUACGAGGGUCAUGUCUGACACAUGAUUUUAAAAUUUUUUAUUCUUUGUAGCUCCCAAGGAAAUAGAAGCACGAGGAGAAAGAGCGCAGCUUGUUUAUCAACGUGCUCUUAGAGAUGGUGCUGUUAGUGUUCAGCGUUCUCGGAUAUUGCUGAUUGGUCAGGAUAGGGCAGGAAAAACAAGCUUGAAAAAAUCUCUUAUUGGUCUGCCAUUUAAUCGUAACGAAAAUAGUACUGAAGGAAUUGAAGUGGAUCCGUCAAUCUUUCAAGUGCAUGCCGACGAAGUUAAGAACUGGCAACGUAUUGAUAAGAGUGAACGAGGGUUGUUGGGUUGUUCUAACGAGGUGGCACAGAUGGUGGUGGAAAAGCUUUGGUUUGGGGAGGAGAAAGAAGAUGCCGAAAUACACAACAAAGACCAGCUUAAAAAUGAAAAUUACAAGACUGGGACAAAGGCGGAUGAUGCUGAUGGUGAAAGGAGAGACGAUUCAUUUGUGAACCAGGUUUGUUUCCAGUUAAAUCUUGGCUUUUGUAUCGUACUUUAAUCAAGUAUUGCUUAUGGCAGAAAUUAAGGUGGCCCACCUACCCUCACGAAACUUGGUUUAAAAUAGCACCACUCAAUUACGUUAAGCCGUGGUCGGGCGGGGUUCGAAACUGGAUGGGUAACAUCAUAUUGGCCGAAGUGGGAAGGUGGUAAGUUAAACGCUGAUAAUUGCAAAUAAAACUCCGACGUUUCGGCAAUCCUGCCUUCAUCAGGGAAGGCUGAUUUUCCCUGAUGAAGGCAGCAUUGCCGAAACGUCUAGAGAUCCUUAUCGCUCAAUUCCCAACAUUAGGGUUAUUGUGUUAUGCCUUCGUUAGUCUAUCCAUACUUUGAACUUGACAUUGAACAAGAUGAAAUACGCAAAGCCUUGUUUAUUAUAAAAGCAAGAAACUGAAUGGAUUGAAUGAUUUUGAUCCCUUUUUCUUAAUCGUAGUAUUUUGUAGUAAUUCUCGUAGGGGGCGUCUAAAUCAAUUUUAUCAGCGUAGAGGGGAGCAUUUGUUAUAUAAGAGGCGUUUAUUUGGAAGUGGGUAUCUAUGAGGUCAUUUACGGUAGCCAACUUAACAAUAGGGAGUUUAAGCAAAUCGCUACGGCGACCUCUACUACGACGGCCGGAAGUAAAAAAGCCCCGAAAUGACGCAGUGCGCAUGCUUGGAAAUGACCUUUCGCCGUAGCGCCAAAUCCUACGACGUGAAGAGUUGUCUUCUAACGUAGUCGCUACUACGUGAGUAUAAAAGUCGACUCUUCUCCUAUUUUUUACGAUCACUGGUUUUAAAAAGCUAUCAGAGAUUGUUUUUCACUUUCUCAAGAAAGUAUUCGAGGCUUCUGGUUUUCCAGUGAAUACGUUUUCCUUGCGUUUUCUCAGUUUGAGAUUUCGAUCCUCAAGCGAUUGUGCCAUGAGUUCUGCCGCGCCAUGGCCAUGGCCUCAGAAAAUUCGCCAGUACAAACAAAGGCUAGACGAAAACCGUAAUCACGACUGUUGCCAAUAAAGCUAAAUGUCACUGAAGGUUGUUUAAACAAGAAUAGAAUAGAAUAGAAUAGAAUAUCGAAAACGCUGAAUUUGCUGAUUUGUUGUUAAACGCGGUUCACAAGAAGAAACAUCACUAGCAGCUUACUCCGAUCUUCAUCUGUAGUUUUCUGUUUUGUGUACGAAUCGCCCUCUGAUGAUGUUUACUACCAAUAUUCUUCUUGGCAAACGAAAUUUUUAAAUUGGCCAUUUUCUUACUUGACCACCAUUGAAUUCUGUUGCUGAUAAAUUAUAGCGAAAGCAAGUGAGCAAGAACCGAGCUUGAAAUGUGGCGAGCUACGAGACGUACUCUCCCCAGGACACCGCAUCCGCGACAGCCGUAGUAGAGGUCGCCGCAAGAGGUCGCCGAAGCGAUUUGCUUAUCGUCGAAUCUAAGUCGCGUCGAAUAAAUUAAAAAUAGGUUCGACAAAGAGUCGACUUAAUUCCAGCGUGGUAACAAACGUCGAACCUGCGUCGAUCCUAUUUCACAAGCUGCACUUCAUUGAAACAAGCUAGGGAAUAAGCACUUUUCCUCGUGCUAUUCGCUCGAUGUGCGGCUAGUUACUGCUAGGACUUGCUGGCGAAAUGCCGAAAUACAGUGCUUGUCGGGUCUUUCUUUCUUUUACCGGCUGUCCAUCCCUCAACAGCAUUUAUUACAAAUAGGCAUUUAACAUCUCAAGCAUUUAUAUUCAGUGUUCAUGAAACAGGAAAAAGACAUUUCCAUCACGCUGUGCGAUGUCAGCAAUGACUUUCGAUAGCUCGCCAUUCCCGGUCGCGAAAUUGUCUUUGUAAAGCGCAUGCUCGUCAGGGGGGGAAAUAGCGUUUCGCAGAUGGGGGAGUCAGUAUUUUUGUGACGUUUGCGCAGUCCAUCACACAAGAAUAAAUUAUUUUGUAAUUUGCGUGAUUUAUGAAUUGAGUUCAGCGCGUUUUUAGAACGGCAUUUGCUGAAACGCCGAACCACUGUCGUAUUAUCCGACUUGUUAAGUCGAACUUAUGCUGGAGUCGAACCAAUUGAUUUGAGUCGAACAUAUUUGCGGCAAACGUCGCACCAUUUAUGCGCCUAUUUCAAAAUUAAUAGAUUCGACGAACUAAGUUCGACUAAGAUUCGACGUUUGCCCAGGCCUAACAAUCUGCCUCGCUGUGCGAUCCACGCGCGAUGCGAAUGUAGACAAUUUUCUUGUAACUUUCGUUACGCGAGGAAUGAGUCAUGAUAUUAUAUAACGAUAAAAUGUUAUUGUUACUCAAUGUCAACGUUUCAAAUUAUAUUAUCUGCAACAUUUAUUUAAGGCCCCGUUGACACAAAUCGGAAUAUAUUUGAAUCCGCAUAUUAAAUAUUAUCAUCGUUUGGAGUUUCCGUUUGCAUGAAACCAAUGAAUCCGCUGACCGCGAAACCGCAUCUUUUUGAAACUGCUCUCCCCAAUGUUUGUUUGCAGUGCAUCAUGGGAAUAGCUUAGUUUAUGCCUUUGCCGAGGUUUCUAUCGAACAAACAAUGACGCAAGACAGUUUUAAUAUUUUGUAUUCAAAUUUUUGUCCUCACAAAGCAACAAACAGGUUUGUUCUGAAUAGAUGUUUGUGCAGGUUUGAAUCUGUUUGGUUGAUGCCCAUCUCCCCAAUGAUAAUGUCUUGAUGUUUGAGUUGAUCCAUCCUUUUUUGGAAUAAUAGUACAGUAAACACCCGCAUAUAAGAACAAAUGGAUCGAGAACAUCAGGUUGAAAUUUGGUUCAUAAAGCACCGUAUAAGUAAGAACCAGUCAUCCUGAUAAAUAAAACAUGUCCUUAUGUAAUAACGGAGAGGAUGUCAGAAUAGAAAAGCAAUGUAACUGUAUGGUUGCUGCUAGACAAUUACAAAACUAUAACAGAUUUCUUGGCUGAAGAGUCAAUGGUGGCCCCGGUUGAGUUAAUAGCAUGACUGUAAGAAAUAUUUAAAAAAUGUUGAAACUGUUACAUUUCUACUCGUAAAUGUUAACGAGUUUACUACCUGACAGAUUUUUAUUUUAUUUAUUGAUUUACUGAUUUGUUUGCUUAAUUACUUAUUUAUUGGCAAUAAAAAUUAAAAUAUGCUAACUAAACCUCUGGUAACAUGUUAAGUGUAGUAUUUCUGAAACACUGUUUAAGAACACAUUAAGAACAUCUUCAGGCUGAUUUCUCACUAAGCACCUGAUAAACAAGUUAAAAAUCCUUUUCCUGUUAUAGGUCCCCGAUCCAAAAAAGGAAGGUGUCAGUGAAGUGAUGUCAUCGGAACCUGAACAUGAGUUAAUGAUUGAUACUACUUCACCUCCAGACGAGAUCACAAAGCGCGCUGUAGAGUGGAUAAAGUAUGUUCAUGGUAAAAAACGAGUCACUGAAAAAUCUGUUGGUAGUAUUGAACUGUGGGAUUUUGCUGGACAACAGCUGUACUAUGCAUCUCAUCCUGUAUUUUUAACAUCACGUGCAAUAUAUAUCUUGGUGUGCAACCUCAGCAAAUCAUUGCAUGACACUGCCCAACCCUGUGUGAGACAAGGAAAUCAUAAUUUCACAUUGGACAACCCAAAUGGGGAAACAAAUUUGGAGAAUCUGCUAUCUUGGCUGUCCACAGUGCAUAGCAUCACACAGAUGAGAGGACAAACUCAUGACGAUGCAGAAGGAAAGCUGCCUCAUUUGCGCCCCCCGGUUAUCAUUGUAGGUACCCAUGCUGACAAACCGUUUGAAGACAUUGCAACGGUGAAGUCAAAAAUACAGAAGGCAAUUGCUGGUAAGGACUAUGAAGGACAUGUGGUGCGGCCUAUCUUCAGCAUUGACAACAGUGCAAAAUUAAUUCAGAGAAGGUUGGAAAAGGUUUUGAGAAAAGAUAAAAACAUUGAUGACAUCCAAGAGCUAAGAGACAAAAUCAUGGAAGUGUUACGGCAGGAGCCAUACAUGAAGGAAAGGAUACCUGUGAGGUAAAUAAAGUGAAUAAUAGAACACAGAUGUCUUUUGACGAGAAUUUCCAUGUUAAUUAAGGGUUGAGGUUUGGCAGCAUUAAAACUAUAGUGGACAUAUGUACUUAUUAAAAACUGAAUCAUUGGAUAAUGCAAUUGUAGCAUUUUGAUUGGCUUAGCCGUUAUGGUAUAUGAGCUAUUAUACCAUGCUCUCCAUAUAAUGGUCGGUGUACGCGUCAGUUUAAAAUUGGAAGCUAGCUGAGAUUUUUUUUUCGCGAAGGAUAGAACGGUGCCCGAAGCAAAUUGUUUUAAUUCAUUUCUUAGAAUACUAGAAAUGCAAUUUCAUCGAAAGAAAAAAGACAAAAACACACAAAAAAGCCACAAGAAUUUGUUUGAAAGUUUGUCGAAAAACACAUAAAAACACAUGGAACUAAAGUACCUUGACCAGCUACGCAAGAAGACAAGUGUUGUUUCUUCAUGAGCCGAUCGAGUCACUCGCCGAUAGAUAACUGCGGCUUGUUUAUCCGACAUCUAGAAUAUUAAUCACAAGUAACUAGAUACAAACACAGGCUAUGCAGCCAUUCACAGUAUAGCUUCUUUUCUCGUUCAGCAAAACCAGCUUGUGGCUUCAAACAACUUCAUAACAAGCGACCGAGGUAACAGUUUUUCUCCGUUGUUGUUACUUUUAUAACUGCACCGAAAAUCCAAAUUCACAGUAAUUUCGACGGCUGUCACUUAAAAUUUUCCUUCACAUUAUCUGCCAGGUUUUUUUAGCUGUUCUGCUGUGUAAAAUCCUAGAAUCCCGAUGAGUUUUUAAAAAACUAAUGUUCAUCGCUACAAUGAUUCAUUCAUGCAGUCCAGGCGAAUCCGUUCACGCGUUGACAGUUUUGAUAGACGUGUGACAUGUGAAUAGCGGAAGUCCCUUGUCUUUUCCGGUUUGUUCUAGUCGGGGAGAUUCAACGAGAUUUUGUGGGCGUUUUUAAUAAAACAAUUAUUCCACUCGCGCUUGUUGGAUAUGAAAUGAUUAUAGCCAACUCGGCGCUACGCGCCUCGUUGGCUAUCUAUCAUCUCAUAUCCAACGCGCCCUCGUGGAAUAAUUGUUAAAUAUACACUGUGGGCCUUUGUCCAGUCCAUAUAGCAUUUUGCUUGCAUAUCCAAAGAGGUUUAUGUUUUACCAGUAAAUACCGUAUUUAUUCGAAUAAGCGCCCAACCUCGAAUUAGCGCCCACCUCGAAUAAGCGCCCAUCCUAAAGGCCGAAAAAGUUAAUAAGCGCCCAGCCUCGAAUAAGCGCCCACCCCCUCCUCCUCCCAAUCAAACCCAAAUAAGCGCUCACCCCCACCCCACCCACUUCAGUGAAUAAAUUCUAAUCAGAGACUUCCCCGAGGACGGAGUUUUCUUCAGAGUAUUUUACAGAAACCUUGCUUUGUUACUUCUUCGCGUUUUGUUAUUAGCAUUAAACAUACUUCACUUGAUUAAAAUGGUGAAAAUUUAAUAAGCGCCCAGCCUCGAAUAAGCGCCCACCUCUAAUAAGCGCCCACUCUCAAGGUCCAAAAAUUUAAUAAGCGCCCAGGGCGGUUAAUCGAAUAAAUACGGUAGUUGGCUACAUGGGGAUGCAAAAUCCUCGUAUAAGAUAACUAAAGGCUGCCGGCACAUCGUAAGUCAGUGACUUAGGUUGAACGGCAGUCUAAAGACUUUGUCAGUAAUAGGAAAAACUAAACACGUGAAACAAGCGAACGCAGAAAUAUUGUAUACGUCACUCAAAAGCGUCUUUCUUUAAGCUUCCUAAUAUGUGAUGCAGGCCCUCUCUUUUAACGUGUAAUUUAUUCCAAUGCAUUAGUUUACCUAAGAACAAAAGGAAAUGAAAUUUAAACCAAGGAUAAAUAUGAACCACAGAGUCACCCUAUAUCACAACGUUGGCUUACCUUGAAGGAAAUCGACAAAGGAAGGGUUUGAUGGGAGGCGGCUUUCCAGAACAUUUAUAAUAAUAAUAAUAAUAAUUUAUUAUUUGUAAGGCGCAAAAUAAUAUUUAAAUAUGAUCUUUCGGGGGUCGUUACUAUGGCGGAGCCAAAAGCGUGAUAUAAAAAACUGGUAGAGACAACAUUUUAUUUCCAAACAAAAGGGCGAAAAGUCGCUAAAAAAUAAAAAUCGUCAAGUUUCUCCUCGCUGGUAUGUGGGUGGCUUCUUCUUGUGUAAACCGUGUUGUCAGUGAUUUUUAAACUCUUAACCUUUUUUCAAGAUGCAAUAGAAAAAAAGGAAUCACUUUUUGUCCUCCUUGAGGCCAUACACUUUCAGGCUCACUUCUGCUUUGUACGGCAUGUAAUCUGUAUUUUAUUUUAUAGCAAUGGUUAGUUCUCGAUCUUAUCAGUUUAUUUUAUAGCAUCUCCUUUGCCACCGUUUGUCUCUUUUUUCAUAUUUAUCCCCGAUUGUUUGCGUUGAAUAAUCGUUGAAAGCUUGGGAAAUGCAGCCGCAGACUUUAUUUAAUCUUGCAUUUGACUGUUAGUAAUGAUCUCCCUUGACACAUGAACAUUCAAACAGUUCUCUGUUUUUUUCGGGGGGAGAUUGGGGUGAAGUGGGGUUGCUAUUUUUGGGAUUCCUUAGCAUUAAUUAUCAUGUUUUUUAGCGGUACCUUCGGGACUUAUAAGUGGCCACAUUUUUUGACGUUACAUUCGGGGUCCGUUACUUUCGGAAUUUUACUUAAGGUGGCCACAAUAAAUUACGUGAGCCCUAAUGCCUAAAUGGUCGCCACUCAAAACGUCAGGACUUGUAGAAUUUAUAUUUGAACCUCUCCACAACGGUCACCUUGGGGACAGAAGAAAGUGGCCGUUGUAGAGAGGUUUAAACAAGAGUCAAUGUAUGGACUGCCGCCAAAAAAAGUGGCCAUUGUAGAGAGGUGGCCGUUAGUAGAGGUUCGACUGUAGUUAACUUCUGUGGUUAUGUUAUAUCUACCUGUUUUAGAUUGCGCGCAAACUUCUGCACAUGAAUCGCUUCAAGCCACAAAAACUGCCCGAUGACACGAAUACUUUUCAUUCAUCUUUUUAUAAUCUAGGUGGCUGAACUUUGAGAAGGUCCUCAAUGCUUUGCUGUCCAAGAAAGUUUACCAUUUGAACUUGAGGGAACUUCAAACCUAUGUAAGGGACAAGUGUUUUAUAAAUGACGAGGAAGAUUUCACUACCAUGGUGGAUUUCUACCUUGACCUGGGGAUAAUUAUCAAGCAUUGCAGCACAGUCAUUCUGAGCGCAGAGUGGUUGAUAGACCUAUUCAAGCAACUGAUAAUCAUUCCACCAUUUGAUGAAACGGUAAGGUCCGAAAUACGUUCGUUAAGUGUUUUCAAACCAUUGCAGCAGCUUUCUCUUCUAGCUCUUUAUAUUUAUUUAUUUAUUUAUUUGACAUACAACAGUAAAAUUACAACAACAAAAAUGUAAGAUAAGUAGCAAAAGAGACGUGGCGAGGAGACCUAAGAGAAACUAUAAAAAGCCUCCUCGAAUUACGGGCUUUUUGGUAACUUUGUUGUCAAAUAAACUAAAAAAAACUUUGGAUAUUGAAAAAGGAAAUUUCUUAGUGUUUGUUCGACAAUAGGGUAGACGGUACGAUUGACCUGCACCCAUCCAAACCUCUUAUUUCAUUCAGGGUCCCUAUAACCUGCACUACCUAUUGUUUUCAGGGAUAGGGGCAUUGUUUUGUCACCAUCUCUAUUGAUUUCCCAGCCAAUCACAAACCUUGUUUGGAAUAGGUGCAGGUCGGCCUAGACGGUACGCCUAGGAAUUUCUAGUAUUGUUACAAGACCGGUACUGAUAUUGUUUAGGAAAAAUUGGUAUGUAACAUGAAUAUAAUUAUUUGUAUUGUCGGCAAAAAAAAUAUAAAAUUUAAUAAACUAGAAGCAUUGUUAAGACACAACAACAAAAUUUUUAACGAACGACGGCCAUUUAAUUCAAUAUAUUGCAUUCUACUUGCAAAACAACUUCUUAUUCAGUCCAGUGCUAAAACACGAUUACCGCGGAUGUUCGAGUUUAUAAAAAGUAUUGGCAUAAUAUACGGCGUCAACUCUAUUUGAGAGGUCACGGAAAAUAAAGAUAUCUUCUAAAGAACCUUAUAGUCACUCUACAUUUUAUUUCUCAGGAACCUAAGGUUUCCAAACUCUGGCAGGAAGUUAAAGAAAGUGGUGUCCUCAGCAUGGAACUGCUUCAUCAUGUGUUUUCUAAGUUUCUUCUGAAGGGUGCUGCAAAGGAUGACAUUCUGGACCUGAUGGAACAAUUUGGUUUGAUUGCAAAGUUUUCACCUUCUAAAACUGAUGAAAAGUAUUUUGUGCCAUGCCAGCUCAGAAUGCCACCUGAUUCCAUUUGUGCCAUGGUACCUUCAAGCUCAGACCCUUGUCCUCUUUAUGUUUACUUUGUUACUGGUUUUGUCCCUCAUGGCCUGUUCACACGGCUUGUUUCUCGAUUGGUCAGGUGGUGUUCUGAGGUUGGUCCUGCUCAGCCCCCUACCCUGUAUCAAAAUGGAGCAUGGUUCGUCAUUGGAAGGAAAAUUGUCCAUGAUUUAGUUCUUAUUUGUAAGAAGCAGUUCAUAAAGUUUUUCGUCAAGCAAAAAAUCCAGCGUCAGAAGAUUUCAGUGGAGGACACAUGUGAGGUAGCGGUGCAGGUGCGUGAGUUUGUGGAGGCAACUCUACAAACCUUGUCACAUGAUCUUCUGUAUUUGCGUGGAGUGCAGUACGAGAUUCGGGUGGCCUGCCCAUACUGUCAGCUGGAAAAGUGCUCAGGCCAUAAUCAGAUGGGUUGUACACAUGACGACUGUUUUCACCUCCUGGAGUUAAAACAAGGUGACCCACUGAUUUGUAAAAAGAAACCUUCAGAGGAGUUACUUACGGUUAGAGGACAGGAAAAGUGGUUCUCACAGGUGCCAAGUGAGGUAGGUAGUAAUAACAUUCAGUCUCUAGUAAAUAAUACUGUUAGGUUAGCGCUUCAUUUUUAUAAACUAAAAGAGAAUCAGACUAUAGGGGAAGUUACAUACCCUCAAGUAUUAUGUUAUUAGAUGUGUAGUCGUCUAUCAAUUUUUUCAGCUCCAACGUAAUCUUUUCAUGUAAGUUAUAAGAUUACAGGAUGAUGCAUAGUUUAUACCUCUUAUGUGGCCUCGCACAUGAAUCUCCGUAGGAAAAAGAGGAGAGAGGAAAUAACUAGAAGAAAUAAAGUAAAAUUAAGUGAGGUCAUAAGUUCAAUUGGUUAGGGGCACCCAACGUCAAUUUUCGGAAAAUAUCUGUUCGGAAGACGAUUUGAAUUUUCGAAACAUUUGUUGUAAAAUUUGUUGCUUGCCAGACUCUCCUAGGAUUUUCGAACAUCUAAAAAAUGGUAUAAUUGCCCAUUUUAACGGAUUUUUACCCUAAAAAUGUCACCUAGAAUUUUCGGAAGCCCUUUUUUCUGGCUGAAAUUUUCGAAAAGGUAAGUUUUGAUCCCCAUAAUUUUCUGAUCACCAGAAUUUCAGCUAGGAAAUCCGAACAGAUGAAAAAUUUUUAGGAGAUAAAAAUAUGCCUAUAUCUACCGUUUAAGUACUAAAAUACGUUUGACAGUGCUAUGUUUGAGUGGUUUUGAACUAUAUUCUCGUUGGAUGCCCCUGAUUGGUACCAUAUAAUGACUAAAAUGCUGAUACUAGAAGCUCUUAGCAUUUGGCUCUGACGAAUAAUAAUGAUAAUUAUCAAUGAUCCUCUUCACUUGUUGGACUAUUCAGGGUUAAUGAAACAAAUAAUUUAAAAGAAACAUAACAUGGUUAAAAAUCCCAACUGGUUGGAGGCAAACCAGUUGUCUAUUUACAAGCAUGACCGAGGAUUUGAGCUCGGGAGUGCCAAGAACAAAUCCAGCAAGCGGUAAGGGCAGGAUUUAAACUCGGGGCCUCCGAAUUACAUUCAGCUCCCUUCGUAGCGGACACUGUAGGGUCCUCGAAUUCGUGUCCUCAUUAGCGAGAGUCCGUAAUAGCGGGAGUUUAUUUCAGUCAAACGUCUGUAAUUUGUUUUUGCCGGAGAUUUAGCUACUGUCCGUUUUAUCGGAGUGUCAGUUAUAGCGGGGUGUCCGCAAGGCGAGAGUUGACUGUACAAGUCCAGCACCCUAACCAGUCGAUCACCAAAAUUCUUUAAAACAAUGGUUAGUUUUCAAACUUCAGCCUUUGAAUCUCGCCACAGAUGGAAAUUGGCCUCAUCGACUUUGUUCUUCAAUGAAUUUGUGUCUCGUACAGUACCUGUAGUAAUCUUAAUCUUGUGCGUGCAUUGCUUUGCUGUCGAAACUUCGCAUCAUCAUUGUCAUAUUAUGCAGCACAAAGGUUUCAAAUUUCACGUGACUUAUGUAAUGGAUCUUUUUCAAGACACUAUUAUUGGCCUGCUGGCGUAGGAGUUGGUAUUUAUGACUUCGUUUAAUCUGAGGUCGCGUUUUCUUCUUAACAUGCUUUUUAUUAGCUGUUUUUGCCAUCUUUAAUUUGUUGAUAUCAUGUUGUGCAAACUUUUGAUCGAAAUGUCAAUUGUAGGAACUCAGACAGAAUUCUUAUUCACUAUUUGCACGUAGCUCAUAAUACACCUUGUUCCACCCAAAAAAUAUUGCAUAACCACUGUCUUCGAUUUCUCUUGGGACGACUGUAAUACUCCAGGAGAAAUUGGAAAGAAUGGUUAUGCAAAGUUUUUUGAGGGAAGAUAGGGGGGGGUGGGGUAUGUAGGGGGCAAACAGGAUGCAUUAUGGUAUAUGUGAAAAUGGUCAAUUCUAAAAUGCGCGUUUUGCUUCCUCUACAGGAAGUGUGUACACCAUCACUUGAUAUUGAUCAGAGUCAUCCAGGGCGUUCAAUCUUGAAAGUUGCUCUUCUGGCUAAUGAGUGGGGGUCAUCUAAGGGUGGCUUGUCAACCAUCAACAGAACACUUGCCAUACAUUUGGCAAAACACGCAAACGUCGAGGUCACAAUUCUUGUGCCUGAAUUCGAGUGUGGCGAAGAAGACAAGAGAACUGCCAGAGGCCUCAACAUUGUCAUUAAGGAAGUACAGCGUCUCCCAGGCUUCAGUGAUCCUCUUGACUGGUUGAGCUUUCCACCAAAGGACCUUGACAUUCAAGUUGUCGUUGGUCAUGGUGCAAAACUCGGUAGACAAGCACAAAUUAUCAGAAAGUCUCAUUUUUGCAAGUGGAUGCAGGUUGUGCACACUGAACCUGAAGAGCUGGCAAUGUAUAAGAACUAUGCUAAUGCCAUUGCCAAAGGGGAAGGAAAGAACAGAGCUGAAGUUGAAUUGUGCCAAAUUGCAGAUCUCGUUGUGGCUGUUGGACCCAAACUGGGGGAAGCUUUUUCAUCUAAACUUUGUUCUUUUCAUCGAGAUAUCUUUCAGUUUAUACCAGGUUCCUUUGCAGAGUUUUCAGAGACUCAACAUGCUAAACAAGAUAGGGCGAAUUUUAAAGUGUUAACCUUUGGCCGAGGCGAUUUUGAAGACUUCAGUCUCAAAGGAUAUGACAUUGCUGCUAAAACCAUUGUUGAGCUGCAGGAUAGUUCUUACCGUCUACUGUUUGUUGGGGCUCCUGAUGGAAAGCAAGAUAAAGUCGCAAAAAUCUUACUUCAGACUGGCAUUUCAAAGAACCAGCUGACUGUCAGAUCAUUUGUACAAAACAAGGAAAGAUUGAAAGAGUUGUUUUGCGAAGUUGAUGUGGCCAUCAUGCCUUCAAGAACUGAAGGAUUUGGGCUGACAGCACUGGAAGCGAUGUCAGCUGGUCUUCCCAUUCUGGUUAGUGGAAACUCCGGAUUUGGAGAAACACUGCGUGGUCUUACUGAGGGCAAGUCAGUUGUGAUCGAUUCUGAUGACCCCAAGGAAUGGGCAAAGGCAAUUGAUGCUAUCCGUCAAAAACCUAGGAUACAACGGCUUGAGGAAAUCCGACGACUGCGAGAAGUUUAUGAAGAGAAGUUCAGUUGGAUAAGACAGUGCCAGCUGCUUGUUGAAAAGAUGUGGAAGAUGGUUUACGGUGAGUAAUCAAACUUAAAUUAACUAAUAAACUGUGUAGUUUUCAAAUUCGUGCGGUUUUAUGUUUGGACUGACUGGCGGGCACCAAAUGGCAACACACCUCUUCAUUUAAAAUGUCAUCCCAAGAUACAUGGUGGUCGGCUGCGAGGCCACACACUUGUCCAUUAAAUUGACGUUCUGGGGAGUAGGACGUUACAUUGUCACCUUACUCCUGUGUGGGUGUAAGACUUGGGAGGUCUCCUGCUGUUAUAUCAAGCAACAGCAGAACACAAAUCUCAAUCCACCUUAGGCAACCGAUAGCAAGACAAAGUCACCACGCUUUUACUUUCAUGAAGCGGACAUCAUCAAAGUGAACUAGUCUAAGAUACAAAUACUUAUCAUUAAGUGGAUUUUGCGUAUAAGAACAUAGAGUACAUUAUACAUCAUGUCAUAACUUGGGAGAACUCAUUUGUUGCCAAACUGUUGGUAAUCGAUGUUAAGACUUCGUAAUGCCUCUUCUAGGUAGCGCCGUGAACAUUGGCAUGCGGUUAAGUUAAGGUUUGUUUCCUUCACAAAUUUAAAGCUUAUUGCAGCACGUAGUUGCUAGAAUAGAGUUCGUAUCAGUGAAGUUACCUUUCUGUAAAAACCGUUGGUUGAACAAGUAAAAAGUGUCCGUUAUAGGGUUGAAUUUAGAGACACUCAUUUUUAGGACCCAUAAUAAUGAGGUGUCUGUAAAGUGGGUCUCGACUGUAAUUGGUUACCCGUUUUGAACAGUACGCUCGUUACUCCAAUGUCAAAUUUAUUUUGAAAGAAAAGUGACAUCAGUUUUACCCUGAUUUUUUCUUUACACCAAUGUAAUUGUAAGGAAAUGAUCUUUCAUGAUAUUGUUGUUGGAUCAGAGACGUAAUAAGGUGGCUUGAAACCUGAAUGAAACCCUCUGGUAUUUGUAAGCACCACACCUUCACAGGGAACAUUUUUGACUUACUUCUGCUCUUUACAGGUGAUUUCACAUUCCAUACACUUCAGCAGAUCAAGCUAGACUCACGCAGAGAGACCAGCAAAUCUGAGCUGUCGCGGAACUUAAAGAGGACUGCUCAAGAGAAAGGCUUUGUGAUUUCUGACAAUCAAGGAGAGGGCAACUGCAUGUUUUUUGCCCUUUCAGAACAGCUUGAUGUCGUAAAAGGAAUGAGGAUAUCUCAUGAAGAGAUACGGCAAACCGUGGUUCAUUAUCUUAUGGACCACCCUACGCUGGUAAGUCGUAGCACUAACUUAGCUUUCUUAACGGUAUUUUACAACUUACAUGAACACGAUGACAUUGUGAGCCGAUGUUGUGACUAUUUUAGCUGCCCCCUCCCCCUUACAACAUUGAUAUGAGAUACAGUGAUCAAAAUAAAGUGUUUAAGUUUUGUCACAACAUCGUCAGCAACACUUCUUUUGUUCUGGAGAAGUAUACGCUUUUCUCUUACAGCAAAUAUUGUACUCGUGCAUCCUUAGUGAGACUUUUUUGUUUGUUUGAUCCGCAUAGUUACUAAUGAAAAUUUUGUGGCUUUUAGAACGAUAGUAAUGAGCUGUAUGACACAAGAGUAGAACAAAGAAACAAUUUGACCCAGACAGGAUUCGAACGCGUGUUCCACAAUAUUGAAUGAUUUCUCAUGCAUCCUGUUUUAUGAGAAUGGAAAAUGAAUCUUCUCUCAGC